AUGGCCGGUAUUUUGUUUGCUCACUCGGUUCAGGAUAUUGGCGAUCGACCGAAAUGGGUGCUUAAUUCGAGUGAGGAGGAAGAAUUUUUCGACCAGUGCGGUAUUCGUGAUAGUUUAAUCGUGUUGAUCAGUCGGCAUCUUGCAGCCACCGGUCCACCGUCGGCGUUGUACCGUUUCAAACGGUUGUCUAUCCUGCGGUGCGUGAUCAUCAGCGGUGAUCUUUGUUAUCCGCUAUCGGCUUUCAUUUAUUUGUUGUCCGACGUUAACAACAUAUUGUUUUUACAAGCCAGGUCCCUCGAUAGUCUCAGGACUGAGUUUGAAGUGUAA